AUGGGAGUUACUAAUGAGUUAUCUCAGGCGUUACAAAGGAAUGAUCAAGAUAUUGUAAAUGCUAUGGCAUUAGUCAAAGUGUCUAAGCAACGAUUGCAAAAUAUAAGAGAUGAUGGUUGGUCUCUUUUACUUGAUGAAGUCUCACUGUUUUGUGACAAACAUGAUAUUAUUGUUCCAAUCAUGGAUGAUAUAUUUGUGUCACAAGGAAGAUCAAGGCGCAAAGCUCAAAAGAUAUCAAAUUUGCAUCAUUUUCAAGUUGAGAUAUUCUAUCAAGUAGUUGAUAGACAACUUCAAGAACUCAAUAAUCGUUUUACAGAGGUGAAUACUGAAUUACUUCUUUGCAUAGCUUGUUUGAAUCCAAGACACUCAUUUUUUGCAUUUGAUAAGGAGAAGUUGAUCCAGUUAGCUCAAUUUUAUCCAUUAGAAUUUUCUUCCACUCAACUUUUGGCACUUGACAGUCAACUUGAUAACUUCAUACUAGAUGUGCAUUCUGAUGAUCAUUUCUCAUACUUAAAUGGAAUUGGUGCUCUUUUUCAGAAGUUGGUUGAGACUCGAAAGAAUAUUGUUUAUCCAUUAGUGUUUCUUCUUUUAAAGUUGGCUUUAGUUUUGCCUGUAGCAACUGCAUCAGUUGAAAGAACUUUUUCUGCUAUGAACAUCAUAAAGAGUCGACUUUGUAACCGUAUGGGAGAUGAAUUUUUAAAUGAUUAUUUAGUGACAUACAAAGAAAGAGAGACAUUUGAUUGUAUUGACAAUGAAAAGAUUAUUCAAUCUUUUUAA